AUGCAGGAUCACCUGGCGCUCCCCAAUAUCGCGCGUAUCCUCAUGGAGGAGGACGAUGACAUUGACGAAGACAACCCUGCACUCCUCAAAGCCCAGCGACCCUUUGCCCAAAUCCUAUCUUCCAGCAUGCAUGCCUCCACCUUAACGGCAGACCAAGGUGGCGCCUUGGCCAGCGACAUGCACUCUCUCAGCUCAGGCAUCUUGAAGUUCAAGGGUGUUGAUGAGGUCCGCAGCUUGCUGUUGCUCGCCAAUGGAGAGUUCAGCACUGACAUCUUUAGCACUGCUUUCCUCAAGGGCAUGGAAGAGGCGAAGAAGUUCUUGCCCACAAACAGUGAGCUGACGACCACCGGUGAGCAGGACCAACCGAAGGAGAAAAGCAGCAGGGGCCGCAAGGACUGGAGCAACGAGGUGGAGGCUGAUGUCAGUAGGACGGACAGAUUGGUCGAAGCUGGUGCCUGCGAGGUGUUCGACUUCAAUCAAAUGUGCAGUUCCAUGGACAAUGAGACUGGGAACAGUAACAAGAAGGGGAGAAAGAGCAAGGCACGGGUGAUUGACCUGCACACGCUGCUGAUCCACUGUGCCAAGGCGGUGAUGGAUGACCGCCGGAGGGCAGGUGAGUUGCUCAAGGAGAUCCAGCAGCAUGCCUCACCCACUGGUGACGCAACACAGCGGCUUGCCUACUGGUUCGCUGAGGGGCUGGAGGCACGGCUCACUGGCACAGGCAGCCAAGUGUAUGGGACGCUUACGGCUAAGGGCACCUCUGCUGUGGCACACUCAGAGGCUUACCAAGAAUUCAUUUCAGCAUGCUGCUUCAGGAAUGUAUCCUUCUUGUUCGCCAACAGGGCCAUCUUCAAUGCGGCAGUGGGGAGGAGCAGGUUGCACAUUGUUGAUUAUGGCUUUCGUUAUGGAUUCCAGUGGUCAGAACUGCUGCGCUGGCUGGCAGCAAGGGAUGGUGGCCCACCAGAGGUCAGGAUCACGCACAUUGACCUCCCACAGCCCGGAUUCCACCCAGAAAAACAUAUGAAGGAGAUCGAUUCUCGGCUGACUGACAUUGCCCGGGACCUUGGUGUGUCGUUCAAGUACCGUGCCAUCUUGGCGCAGUGGCAGACCGUUUCCAUCGAGGACCUGGACCUGGACCUGGAACCUGAUGAGGUGCUUGCUGUGAAUGACCUGUACAAUUUCAGGACCUUAAUGGAUGAGAGUGUCGUCAUAGGCAGCCCGAACCCCAGGGAUACUGUCCUCGGCAACAUCAGCAAGAUGAAACCGGACGUGUUUGUCCAAAGCACCGUGAAUGGCUCCUAUGGCACCUUCUUCUUGUCACGGUUCCGCGAGGCCCUCUUCUUUUACUCUGCACUGUUUGACAUGCUUGAUGCAACCAUGCCAAGGGAGAACAAACUGCGGCUGGCGCUGGAGCGCAACAUCUUUGGGUGGGUUGUCCUGAAUGCCAUUGCAUAUGAGGGAAAGGACCGGGUGGAGCGUUGUGAGACCUAUAAGCAUUGGCAAGUCAGAAACCAACGUGCAGGCCUGAGGCAGCUGCCACUGGACAGAGAAACUGUUAAGAUGGCUAGGGACAUGGUAAAGAACAAAUACCACAAGGACUUCCUCAUCGACGAGGACCAUCACUGGCUGCUGCAAGGGUGGAAGGGCCGCAUCCUCUUGGCUCACUCAACAUGGGAGGCAGACGGUGCUAGCUCCCACUGUUAA